CCAACCAACAAGGCAUAGAGCUUUCUUGGAAAGCGCACCGUUAACAGAUUCAGUUAUAAUCUGAAAUAAGCGCUCUUUCACGGUUCAAUUCAAUCAUUUAGAAGGGGAAAAAAAUAAAAAAUAAAAAACGCAGCAGACUCUCAAGAAUGGCAGGCGCCUCAACGCCGGCAACCGGAAAAACUCUCUCUUCAGGAUCAAUGGAGAGACGAAAAUUGGGUGUUUCAAUCUCUGAUGUUGUGUCUCAUUUUGGUACCAGUGGAAUGUCUGUUGCUGCUGCUACUGGCAUCACUCAUCCUUUAGAUGUUAUAAAAGUUAGACUGCAGAUGCAACUUGUUGGUCAGAGAGGUCCUUUGGUCGGAAUGGGGAGGCUUUCUCUUCAAGUAGUCGAAAGUGAAGGGCUGAAAUCCUUGUAUCUAGGAUUGGCACCUGCAUUGACGAGGUCAGUUCUUUAUGGUGGCCUCCGUUUAGGCUUAUAUGAACCAUCUAAAUAUCUCUGUGAAUUGGCUUUUGGGUCCACCAAUAUCUUGGUGAAGAUUGCAUCUGGAGCAUUCUCAGGGGCCAUAGCCACAGCACUGACCAAUCCUGUCGAAGUCUUGAAGGUGCGGCUGCAAAUGAACACAAGAUCGAGCUUAGGACAAAUCCAUGAAAUGAGGAGAAUUGCUUCGGAAGAGGGAGUAAGAGCUCUUUGGAAGGGAGUUGGGCCUGCUAUGGCCAGAGCUGCCACUUUGACUGCAUCUCAGUUGGCGACUUAUGAUGAAUCCAAACAGGCGCUUAUAAAGUAUACUCACCUGGAGGAAGGAUUUCAUCUUCAUCUCAUCUCAAGUAUAAUUGCGGGGACGGUAAGCACGCUUAUGACAGCACCAAUGGACAUGGUUAAAACCCGUCUUAUGUUGCAGAGAGAAUCAAGUUGUGCCGGAAUGUAUAGAAAUGGAUUGCACUGUGCAUAUCAGGUACUUCGCACUGAAGGUCCUUCUGGUCUUUACAAAGGAGGCCUUACAAUAUUUGCAAGAUUGGCUCCACAAACCAUGAUUACUUUUGUACUCUGUGAGAAGCUACGGGGGCUGGCUGGACUAAAGGCUAUUUGAUCUUAGGCCAAUUCAUUUUCACUGAAAACCUCCUCCUCCAAAAUCAGAUACAAGAAAGGAAAUCAUAGAUAUUGAAUAUGUAGAACCUUUAUUUAUUUUGGUUCCAAUAUUCUGUAGGUUGAUGUACCAUACAUUCUUUUGAGGUAGAAGGAAUAAAACGUUUUUCCUUCCACUUCUCGAAUUUUACCUCAUGGCCAUAGGGUCAUGUUGUAUCAACUUAUAAAUGUAACAAUACAAUUGUGAAUUGUCAUCAGGCUUAUCUACAA